CUGGAUCGCCUGCAUCGAGGGUGUCACGACGUACAUCUUCGGUUUCUGCAACCAAGCUAACAUGCCCGAGAUCUACAUUGAGAUGAGCAAUAGGAGCCCUAAGAAGCUGCGCUCGGUCGCAGUCUGGUCUGCCGUUAUUUGCACUGCUGUUUACUUCAUUAUUGCCAUCUCGUUCCUUCUGGUUUUCGGUUCUGAUGCACGGAGUAGUGUCUUGCUUAACAUGGCUGAUUGGUUCCCCAGG